AUGUAUUCAUUGCUGAGCAAACGGACCGCACAACUAUUGUGGCAAUCGUCGUACAGCAGCAACAUUCGCGCGAUGGCUACACGAAGCCAGGCUCGUAUUGCCGUAGCUCAAAUGCGGUCCACCAAUGAUAAGCAGCACAACUUCGCACAGAUCCAAACCAUCACGGAGCGCGCAAAGGCCAAUGAUGUGCAGUUUAUUUUCUUUCCAGAAUGUUGCGAUUUCGUUGGAACUCAUCGUGAAGAAACAUUGAACUUGUCCGAACCACUGACGGGUCCCACCGUCGAACAGUACCGGAAGUUGGCCCGCGAACAAAAUGUGUGGCUCUCGUUCGGCGGGAUACAUGAGAGCAUCGUCGAAGAGACAAACUCCGGCCAGCAGGUGAACAACAUCUACAACACACACAUACUGAUCAACAAUGCUGGGGAGCUGGUGGCAAGCUAUCGGAAACUGCACAUGUUUAACGUCGUUACGCCCGAGUUUAAAUUUCGCGAAUCGGAAACAGUCAAAUCCGGGCCGACGUUGGUGCCACCGGUGGAAACUCCAAUCGGACGGAUAGGACUCCAGAUCUGUUAUGAUAUGCGUUUUGCAGAGGCGAGCACAAUAUUAAGGAAACAAGGAGCGGAAAUCCUCACCUAUCCGUCCGCUUUUGCUAUGUCGACGGGGCGCGCCCAUUGGGAAGUGCUACUGCGAGCGAGAGCUAUUGAAAAUCAAUGCUUUGUUGUUGCGGCCGCACAAAUCGGGUUUCAUAACAAGAAGCGCGAAAGUUACGGUCACGCACUGAUAAUCAACCCCUGGGGAACCAUCGUUGGAGAAGCUGGCGCCCAGGAUCUAGAUGUGGUCGUUGCGGAGUUAGAUUUUGGCAAGCUACAAAGUGUACGAGCCAAUAUGCCUUGCUUCGAGCACCGUAGGGACGACGUGUACAACUUAUCGACGCGUGUAGGCCUUCCGUACACGGCUAGCACGGCCAGCGAUGCGAAAUAUUCGUUCGGAGGCAUAGAUAUACCGCCUGAAACGAUUUUCUACGUAUCUGAGCAUUGUUUCGCUUUCACCAACAUUCGCUGUGUUGUGCCAGGACAUGUGCUCGUGUCAUCGAAACGAGCUGCAGCUCGUCUGCCGGAUCUUAAUCCGGCGGAAAUAUCCGAUUUCUUCCAGACCAUUUGCAAGGUGGAAAAAGCAGCAGAACGAUUGUACGAUGCCACUUCGUCCACCGUCACGGUGCAGGAUGGUCCGGACGCCGGUCAGACCGUUUUCCAUGUGCACUGUCACAUAAUGCCGCGCCAUGAAGGUGACUUCCCGGAGAAUGAUCAAAUCUAUGGUGAGUUAAACCGGCACGACAAGGAACCGGAACGGUUGCGACGGCCAGUUGCAGAAAUGGCGGAAGAAGCAGCUCGUUUUCGUGAUACAAUGUCGAAGAUGGGUUUGUGA